UUUUAUUUCCCCAGCAGCACAGGCUUGUGCGAUUCAGAAAUGUCUCUCACGUUACCGAGGCACCCAUUGGAGUCACAGACCAUCAGCAGCCACUGCCAGUCGACGUGAGCCCACUCAAUGGAUUCUCAGCAAGCACACAGAUCUCUGAGUUGAUUCUGAAUAACACAGAGCAGACAACACCCACUGAUGUCAUGGAAUCUGCUGCAGGAGGUCCUGGUGAAGUGACAUCAUCAACAAAAGAAACCCCUGAGAAUAAUGAUGUACUUCAGCUGGUCUCUCAGAGUUUAGGAUCUCCUGGCAUAAGGCUGUGCACCACAAAUAAAGAUGGUGAGGUCAAACUGAGAAUGGAUGAUUCCGGGAAUCCAGAACAGCCACCAAUCACAGUACACCAAAUGUUCAUGGAGACGCUUGAGAAAUUUGCUGAUUAUGUGGCACUUGCUUCAAAGCAAGGUGAACAGUGGAAGAAGAUAACAUUUAAGCAGUAUUAUAACGAAUGCAGAGAUGCUGCCAAAAGCUUUCUAAAGCUUGGACUCGAGCGAUUCAAUGGUGUUGGUAUCCUUGGCUUCAACUCUCCUGAAUGGUUCAUCGCAGACAUUGGAGCAAUUCUGGCUGGUGGAGUGGCUGUUGGAAUCUAUACUACAAACUCGCCUGAAGCCUGUCACUAUGUAGCAAAUGACAGCGAAGCAAAUGUCUUGGUCGUAGAGAACAACAAGCAACUGCAGAAGAUCUUGCAGAUUCAGGAUCAGCUGCCACACCUAAAAGCAAUUGUGCAAUACAAGGAAGAACUGAAAGAGAAAAGACCAAAUCUUUACACGUGGUCAGAGUUCAUGCAGCUUGGGAAGGAUGUGCCCGAUUCACAACUGGAUGAGAUCAUUGCCUCCCAAAAACCCAAUCAAUGCUGUACACUCAUCUAUACUUCAGGGACCACUGGAAAGCCAAAGGGGGUCAUGUUGAGCCACGAUAAUUUAACGUGGACAGCUAAUGCAGCAGGAAACGUGGUGAAUCUUCGACCAGCCAAUGAGAGUCAGGAAUCUAUUAUCAGCUAUCUUCCACUUAGUCAUAUUGCUGCACAGAUGAUCGAUAUCUGGCUGUCCAUAAAGUUUGGAGGAACCACUUAUUUUGCACAACCUGAUGCAUUGAAGGGCUCUUUGGUGAAUACAAUGAGAGAGGUGCGUCCAACAGCAUUUAUGGGUGUUCCUCGUGUCUGGGAGAAGAUGCAAGAGAAACUGAAGACAGUAAGUGCAAAAUCUUCAACCGUAAGGAGGAAAGUGGCUUCCUGGGCAAAGGACGUCGGUUUGAAAACCAACCUUAAUCGCAUGAAUGGGUAUACAGCAGUAUCAUGGAACUUCCGGCUGGCCAACAAAUUGGUGUUCAAAAUGGUUCGGAAUGCACUAGGAUUGAAUCGUUGCACAAAAUGUUACACUGGUGCGGCUCCAAUUACCAAAGACACGCUUGAGUUUUUCCUUAGUCUCAACAUCCCCAUAUACGAGUUGUACGGAAUGAGCGAGAGCUCAGGACCACACACCAUUUCUGUACCUAAUUCCUUCAGACUUUCAAGCUGUGGAAAGGUGAUGCCAGGCUGUAAAACAAAAAUCUUCAACCCUGACGCAGACGGAUGUGGCGAGAUCUGUUUUUGGGGCAGGCAUCUAUUUAUGGGGUAUCUGAACAUGGAGGAUAAGACGCAGGAAGCAAUUGAUGAGGAUGGUUGGCUGCACUCAGGAGAUCUGGGAAAACAUGACGAGAAGGGUUUCCUUUAUAUCACAGGAAGAAUUAAAGAGUUGAUUAUAACUGCUGGGGGAGAGAACAUACCGCCAGUUCCCAUUGAAGACGCUGUAAAGGAACGUGUACCAAUCAUCAGCAACGCUAUGCUGAUAGGAGACAAACGCAAGUUCCUGUCCAUGUUAUUGACAUUGAAGUGCAAUGUUAACGGUGAAACAGGAGAGCCACAGGAUGACCUAACAGAAGAGGCGAUUCAGUAUUGCCAAACUAUAGGUUGCAAAGCCACAAAGGUAUCAGAAAUCUAUGCCAGCAAAGAUGCGACUGUAUUUGCUGCCAUUCAGGAAGGUAUCAACCAUGUGAAUGAAAAAGCUUCAUCUAAUGCUCAACGAAUUCAGAAAUGGUGUCUCUUAGAAAAGGACUUCUCCAUUCCAGGCGGAGAAUUGGGUCCAACAAUGAAACUGAAGCGACCUGUGGUCUUGAAGAUGUACAAUGAACAAAUCGAUGAUUUCUAUAAGGAUGCAAUAACCCCAGUCACUCCAGAUAAUCCACUUACAGGAAAAUAGAAUCAACAGUUACUUCAGAGUGAAACACCAGCUGGAUUUGUGCACUGUUUUAUAUUUUUAAUUAUUGCAAUUUUAAGUUCAUGUUUUACAUUUAUUUGUAAAUUUCAUUUUAUUUGAAGGAAAUGCCAAAAUCAUUCUCAUUUUUCAUCAAUGUUACAACAAUGAGCAAACUAAUUGUAUUGCAUUUGUACUUGCCAGGGAUUGGGGUGGUUAAACAAAUAAUAUGGAGAACAUGAGUUUGUGCAGUUAUAGCUUGGCACAGCCAUUGUCUCAGUACUGCAAACAUGCUAGCUUGAAAAGUUAUGUUAUCAUAUUUAAAUGUACAAGUGCAUGUGAGAAAACAUUUGACAUUUGGCUUCACAGUGGAAACAGUCGAACUGUUGUCUUAAAAUGUAGUAAGUUCAAAGGGUAGGCAGCAAACGUUCUGUUGAUAGCGAUGUGUUUUGGGAUACAGAGGAAAAUGUUGUUUCCAAAAUCCAUAAUGAAAGGUAGAUAUUCUAUUAUACACGAUUACAGUCUCCAAAGAAACGUUAUACCAUUUUACUUAUGAUAACCAUAUGUCUGUAAAGAAUAUUAUUCCAGUUGUUUUUGUACAGCCCAAAAAGUUAUUUAAGCUUGUCAUGAACUAUUUCUUUGUUUUGGCUAUUUAUUGUUCAUAAAGUAAAGUUGCCAUGAAAUAUAUUUUUGUGUUUUAAAUGUGCAUUUUGUAGAAAAGCUGUACAGCCCCAUUGGAGAAACCAAAUAGAAAAACAAAUGAUUCAUUUUUGUACAUGAGAAGCCAUAUAAAAUGGCAGUGCUUUAAGGACUGUAGAAUCAUCAAGCCAUAUACUUUUACAGCACAUCAGCAUAAUUGAAUGAUUAUAUAAAUGCUAGCUUUUUCAAAGAGCAGUCUGUUUAGAUUCAUUACCCUGCCUUUGUUCCAUUAUCUCCACUUUCUUUUUCAAGUAUUCUCAUUUAUUAAAAAAACAUCAUGGGUUUCUCUGAGCACCACAGGAUCCAACAACCAGCAACUCUUUGCAUAAUAAUAUCAUCCUAAUCUUUCCAUUUGAUUUCUUUUUAAGUGACCAGUUAAAGUCGAAACUUCUUGGCAGCUGAUGGAGUUGAUUUUUCCCAAAUCCUGUCGGAGGACUUGUGGUUCUAACUUGACUUUUAACUGUGAUUUGGUUGUCUUGUGCUCAGUUUUUUUUUGCCUUCAUGCCAACCACCUGGGAAGCAGCAAAUGAUUUCAAGCUCUGGAUUAUAGUUUUUUUUAAAGUGCCUGUUCAUUCCCCUGACUGUGGAAUUAAAUUCCCUGUCACUGUUGUGUAUCUCUUGCACUCUGCUCUGACCCUUCAUUUUAGAAAUUAAUUCCUAUCAAGGUGUUGCAGCUUGACAUGUGAUCACUGGUCUCUUCAGUUGACCCAGAAAUAUCGUAACUUCAGAGGUGCCCUGAACUGCCUACAUUUACCUCUACACCAAUGGCCUGUUUUCCUUGUAUUUCCUGGAUUGACUGCUUAUUAGAUUAUACACUGUGAAACCCUUCCAUAAGUAAUGGGCUGAAUUCAGUUGUUGCUUAAGCUUUGAAGUUUAGACCUUGCAUGUGUGGUUAUGCUACAGAUGAAGCAAUCAGACCUUGAGUGGGUGCCAGACACGGGGCCGUAAUAUUUUCUAUCACAAGGCUGUUUUCUCUCAAGGUUCCAAAUGUAAAAACAACUUUGGCCCAAGGCUGAACGCCUUAUGAGACAGCUCUCUACUAUGCUGGCUCCUUGCAUUCUUUUGAUCUGUUUCUAACUGCUUAUUUGAUUUUUGACAACACGGUAUGUAAUGGCUUACCAUUGGUGCCUAUUGAGGCAAACCCUAUAAAUCCAUUUAAAAUGGGACUGGAUCGGGAAUCAGAAAGAAUGAGGGGAUAGUAGGAAAUGAGAUGAGAGUAGGUUGUAGUGGAACAGCUAAUGCUGACUGUAGUGGAGACUGCAAAGACCUUUGUAAUUUCUGUCAAAACAUCAGUGAGAAGUGCCUAAAUGUUUCGCUGGGAAUCAAAUUUUCUACGUUUAUUAUCACAUGUUUUCAUUUGCAACACUGAAAUUUUUGCAAAUGAUAACAGCCAGUUUUUAAUUUUUAAGAGUGAAGGUGUAGAGGUAUUAACCAGGAAAAAAGACCCAUUGAGCUGUUUACAUUUGACUGACUUAAUACUUCGGCAGCAACUUGAUUAUGCUACAAAAAUGUACUGUUUAAAAAAAAAUUACAGGCACUGAUCCCAGAAUGAAUAGUUUACACAAUUAUUUUAAUAAUUGCUUUUCUUGUUGAGUUGUGCAAUGUGCACUUUACAUCCAGUUUCCCUAUGACAGAAAAAUAAUACAAAGGCCAUUUGUUUUCAUUGUCUGUGUCUGUAUAAAUGUACCACCUGAUGUAUGCAUUGUGCCAGUUUUGAAACAGAGCACGACUGCAUUGAGGUAUCAGGAAAUCCACCCCUAAGCUUUGUACAGUGAGCACUGGCCAUUCGUUACCACUUUAAGGAUAUCCCCAGAUAUAUUUUGGCUAGCAGGUUAAUUUUUUUUUCAAUCUAUCACUUUGUGAAUGUUUUUUGAAGUAUAAUUGUUGCUAUUUUUCAUGAAUGUUAACUCCAUCUAGACUGUAUUCAGUGUAAAUAUGGGUAUUGUAUUUGAUAAAUUAUGAGAGUAUAUUGCUGCAGCGGACUGUAAAUUUUGCAUGAACUUGUACAAUACAAUUCGAACAUUUGUGUAUUUCAUGGCAUCGUGAUGGAAUGUGUUGCAAAUAAAGUUGUGAAGUCA